UUGAAGACUCUCUUCAGAUUUUACAGAAACCGAGGCGUGACCUGAGAUCAUAAUUGCCACACUCACCCCUUGGGCUUACAUAGACAAUGUGGAGGAUGUGGAGGAGAGUGGUGUCCUCGCAUCUCAAAACCCUAGCCCCUUCGUGGCGAUCGGCGCUCGUCGGCAAAUCCACCUCUCAUGCAUACGCUCUCUCUGCUAACCGAUCAAUACUUUCUCAUUCUGCCGCUUUCUUGAACCGCAACUUCAGCUCCAAUUCAGCAGGUAGUUCUGUGAAGAAGAAAGUUGAGGAUGUAGUGCCUAUUGCAACAGGACAUGAGCGGGAAGAGCUUGAAGCUGAACUUGAGGGGAAGGACAUUCUUGAUAUUAACUUCCCAGUUGGUCCUUUUGGCACAAAGGAGUCACCUGCUGUUAUCAAGUCCUACUAUGACAAAAGAAUAGUUGGGUGCCCUGGAGGUGAAGGCGAGGAUGAACACGACGUUGUCUGGUUCUGGUUGGAGAAAGGCAAGCCACACGAGUGCCCAGUUUGCUCACAAUCUUUUGUGUUGGAGGUUGUCGGCCCUGGGGGGCCUCCAGAUGGACAUGGUGACGAUGAUCAUGAGCAUCACUGAUCAUAGCUUUUGAUUUUUCUGGUUGAAUAAAAAUAGCAGAGAUGAUGAGACAAUUUUUAGAUACAGCAGCUUUGAAGUCUACUGCUGUAUGCCCUGUUUGUUUUCUAUUGGUCAUUUGUCUUUUUGUGGGCAUUGCUUUAGCAAUGUUCUGGAUAGUUUGUUCUUUUCUUUUCUUUUCUUUUUUCUCUUCUUCUUCUAAAUGGCUAUUUAGAGUCAGGCUAGUAAUGUUUUGGAAGUAUGGUUUUUGUUAGGUUCUCAUAAUGCAUUGCCAAGCAAUUGAUGGUUACAUAUAUUCUUUCAUGAAGCUUCUUGAUUCUGGCUUCAAGCGAAUCAUAGAAACCUUUACUUGCUUUCUUAUAUUGGAUUUCUGUA